AUGGUGCGCAAGCACCUUCGUGACCAGUUCAACAUCGAGGACGACGCGAUGUCAGUUCUGCGGCACGCCCUAGAGGAGUUCAUCUUUCAUUUCCGCAGUCGGGAUGACCUCGAGCGCGUCCUCAACUCUAGGCCACCACCGGUGGCAGCUUCGCCGUUCGUGUUGCUCUGGCAACGCUGGUCUCGCCUUUCAUCGGCGAUGGUCGGUGCAUUCACCUACAAGGUCCUGGUUGGGAUUAAGGGCGUUCCUGCCCAUGCCCUCAGCGAGGAUGUGGCUGCGCACCUCCUUGGGUCUUCUUGCACCCAGGUCGAGAUUGCCACGGCCGAUGCUGACGGGGUUGACGACGACGAUGCGCGUGAACUAUUCGUUGCUGCCAGGUGCCUUCACCCGCUCUUGGUGCCAGAGCAGAAGCUCCUUGUCAUCCCAGAACUGCAGGAGCCGCAUGACCCGGGCAUUCUGUUUCUCCGGGAACACGAGAUCAUUCACUCCAAGCUGCCCAUCCCGCAUUACCUCGCUCGGAUGCGUGUCGUCGAAUAUCAGGAUUGGGACCCUUCAAGCUCCUCUGAUGAUGGUGGCUUCCCGGGCGCUGACGACUAUGACGACUGCGGUGAUAGUAAUUACAAUGGAUAUCAUCCUGGUCUGGAGGAUGGCCCGUCGCGUACUCGGCCGUUUGGCUCGGCCACCUUCUGCCCGGGUGGGAGGGACGGCCCGUCGCUGGGGCGUGGCUCCGGUCCGGCAUUUUGGCCGCGAUGCCAUGCCGCCGGAGUUGCGGACGACGUACGCGCAUGCAUAGGUGGUUCAGGGUGGGUCCCUCAUCCGCAAGGGCUUCUGCAUGAGGGCCAAUCGUGGCUCGGGGGCAGGGCAUGGUCCUGGUGCGGGAUGCGUCGCUUCGGUGCUGGUCCUCGGGUGCGCGAGAUAGCGGAUGUCGCGUCGCCGCGGAAGCAAGACCGAGAAAAGUCUGCAACUAUUGUUGUUGGUGCUCAGAUGUUAGGCACGCCUACAGGCGAUGGCAGCCCUGACGCGCGGUCAUUGGUUUGGGAAGUUGACUUCUAG